AUGAAAAAUAGUUUCCACCAGUUUAUUUUAUCAGAGUUCAACCAGAGUAGCAAACAUAGGACAGCCGAAGAAGAUACACAAAAAAUGGAUGAAGCUUCUGUACUGGAAAAUGCUAUAAGGUAUUCGAAAUACCUCCAAGAACGAGUGGAUAUACUCGAGGAACAAGCAAGAAACCCCACGGUACAUAUCAAGAAAUCAAAGUUGGUGGUGGACGAUGAAGGAUCGUCGUCGAAUGAGCAGCAGUCGGCCCCAUCAAUCGAGGCUCGAGUUUGUGGCAAACAUGUUCUUCUCAGAAUCUGUUGUGAAAAACGAUCGUCGUCGAAUGAGCAGCAGUCGGCCCCAUCAAUCGAGGCUCGAGUUUGUGGCAAACAUGUUCUUCUCAGAAUCUGUUGUGAAAAACGUAAAGGGGUUUUGGCGAAAAUUCUUUGCGAAAUAGAGAAGCUUAAUUUGGCUGUUGUUAACACAAGCGUGGUUCCAUUUGGAAGUUCAUCCCAUGAUAUUAACAUUGUUGCAGAGAAGGAGAGAGAAUUCAGUUUGGCAGUGGAAGAACUUGUACAGAAUCUUAAUGCUGUUUUCCAUCGUGCUGUCUAG